AUGGCACAAGUCGCAGGAGAAGUCGCCGCUGCUGCUCGACGCCUGCUGCAGGAGCUGGACGUCGACUGGGACCUACUGGCUUCCUACACUGGCCUGCUCGGCCUCGCUGUCCUCUCGAUCUACGUUGGAGCACACGCCUCGCUGCCCCGGAGGUCGAAGCGGGACCCUGUGCCGGAGGACAAGGGUAAGGGGAAAGACAAGGGCAAAGGGGAUCCCAAUGAUGAAGAUGAGGACGAGGACGAGGACACGGAGCGCAUGUCUGCGGAGGAUGCGUGGUUGUUCCCCAUCGUCGGCUCCGUGGUGCUGGUGGUGCUGUAUUUGAUUGUCCAGCACCUUGGAGAAAAGUGGAUAAACAGGCUCCUGGGCUGGUAUUUUGCCAUCACAGGAGUCGGAAGCGUGUGGAACUCGCUGGUGUUGCUGACCAGGCACCUGGCCGGAGAAACACGGUGGAAGGGCUUCGACAGGCUGAGGGUGAGGGUGACGAAGGGAUCGCAUGUGAUCGUGAGUGUGGCGACGCGGACGCCGACGAUGGUUUUACUUCCGCUGGCAUUGGUGCCGUCUGGACUGUAUACAUUUUCGGCGGCGGGACGGCGGUCAGUGCUGGUGACGGACGUGCUGGGGCUGUCGUUUGCGCACAACGCGGUCGCGCUACUGAAGCUAGACUCGUUCCGGACGGGUGCGAUCCUGCUCGCGGGGCUGUUCGUGUACGACGUAUGGUGGGUAUUUGGAACAGAGGUGAUGGUGAAGGUCGCGACGACGUUGGAUGUGCCGAUCAAGCUGCUGUGGCCCAAGUCUGCGGUGUUUGGAAGCGGGCGGGGCUACACGAUGCUGGGACUAGGAGAGGUUGUGAUCCCUGGGACGUUUGUCGCGCUGGCACUGCGGUACGACGCGGAAGGAAAGCGGGGGGGAAAGCCAUUCUUUUGGGCGGCGAUGGUCGGGUAUAUUGUCGGGCUUAUUACGACGAUGGGUGUGAUGCACGCGUUUGGAGCGGCGCAGCCUGCGCUGCUGUAUCUGAGCCCGGCGUGUAUUGGAUCGUUCGUAGGGACGGGGCUGGCGCGGGGAGAGCUUUGUUCGGCGUGGCGGUGGAAAGAUGGGCCGGAGUAG